GGGGACGGGUCCUGACUGUUGUUUGUGCAUAUGCACCAAACAGCAGCUCAGCAUACCCACCCUUUUUGGAGUCCUUGGAGGGUGUGCUGGAGAGUACUCCUGCUGGGGACUCCUUUGUUCUACUGGGGGACUUCAAUGCUCACGUGGGCAAUGACAGUGAGACCUGGAGGGGCGUGAUUGGGAGGAACGGCCCCCCGAUCAGAACUCGAGUGGUGUUUUGUUAUUGGACUUCUGUGCUCGUCACGGAUUGUCCAUAACAAACACCUUGUUCAAACAUAAGGGUGUCCAUAUGUGCACUUGGCACCAGGACACCCUAGGCCGCAGUUCGAUGAUCGACUUUGUAGUUGUAUCAUCGGAUUUGCGGCCGCAUGUUCUGGACACUCGGGUGAAGAGAGGGGCGGAGCUGUCAACUGAUCACCACCUGGUGGUGAGUAGGCUCCAAUGGUGGGGGAAGAUGCCGGUCCGUCCUGGCAGACCCAAACGUAUAGUGAGGGUUUGUUGGGAGCGUCUGGCGGAAUCCCCUGUCAGAAGGAGUUUCAACUCCCACCUCCGACAGAGCUUUUCCCAUGUUCCGGGGGAGACGGGGGACAUUGAGUCCGAGUGGACCAUGUUCCGUGCCUCUAUUGUUGAGGCGGCCAAUCUGAGUUGUGGCCGUAAGGUGGUUGGUGCCUGUCGUGGCGGCAAUCCCCGUACUCGCUGGUGGACACCAGCAGUAAGGGAUGCCGUCAAGCUGAAGAAGGAGUCCUAUCGAGCCUUUAUGGCCUGUGGGACCCCAGAGGCAGCUGACGGGUAUCGACUGGCCAAGCGGACCGCGGCUUCGGUGUUCGCCGAGGCAAAAACCCGAGCGUGGGAAGAGUUCGGUGAGGCCAUGGAAGCGGACUUCCGGACGGCUUCGAGGAAAUUCUGGUCCACCAUCCGACGUCUCAGGAGGGGGAAGCAGUGCACCACUAACACUGUGUACAGUGGGGAUGGGGCGCUGCUGACUUCGACUCGGGACGUUGUGAACCGGUGGGCAGAGUACUUCGAAGACCUCCUCAACUCCACCAACACGCCUUCCUUGGAGAAAGCAGAGCCUGGGGACUCUGAGGUGGGCUCUCCUAUCUCUGUGGUUGAAGUCACCGAUGUGGUUAAAAAGCUCCUCGGUGGCAAGGCCCCAGGGGUGGAUGAGAUCCGCCCGGAGUUCCUCAAGGCUCUGGAUGUUGUGGGGCUGUCCUGGUUGACACGCCUCUGCAACAUCGCGUGGUCAACAGGGAGAGUGCCUCUGGAUUGGCAGACCGGGGUGGUAGUCCCUCUUUUUAAAAAGGGGGACCGGACCGGAGGGUGUGUUCCAACUACAGAGGGAUCACACUCCUCAGCCUCCCUGGUAAGGUCUAUUCAGGGGUGCUGGAGAGGAGGGUCCGUCAGGAAGUCGAGCCUCCAAUUGAGAAGGAGCAGUGUGGUUUUCGUCCCGGCCGUGGAACAGUGGACCAGCUCUACACCCUUAGCAGGGUCCUUGAGGGUAUGUGGGAAUUCGCCCAACCAGUCUACAUGUGUUUUGUGGACUUGGAGAAGGCGUUUGACCGUGUCCCUCGGGGAGUUCUGUGGGGGAUGCUUCGUGGGUAUGGGGUACCGAACCCCCUGAUACGGGCUGUUCGGUCACUAUACCACCGAUGUCAGAGUUUGGUUCGCAUUGCCAGCAGUAAGUCGGAAUCGUUUCCAGUGGGGGUAGGACUCAGCCAAGGCUGCCCUUUGUCGCAGAUUCUGUUCAUAACCUUUAUGGACAGAAUUUCUAGGCGCAGCCGAAGCGUUGAGGGGGUCAGUUUUGGGGGCCUCAGUAUUACAUCCCUGCUUUUUGCAGAUGAUGUGGUGCUGUUGGCUCCUUCAAACGGGGCUCUCCAACUCUCACUGGAGCGUUUCGCAGCCGAGUGUGAAGCGGUUGGGAUGGAAAUCAGCACCUCCAAAUCUGAAACCAUGGUCCUCGGUCGGAAAAGGGUGGAGUGCCCCCUCCGGGUCGGGGAGGAGAUCUUACCCCAAGUGGAGGAGUUCAAGUAUCUUGGGGUCUUGUUCACGAGUGGGGGUAGGAGGGAGCGGGAGAUCGACAGGCGGAUCGGUGCAGCGUCUGCUGUGAUGCGGACGUUGUAUCGGUCUGUCGUGGUGAAGAAGGAGCUGAGCCAAAGGGCGAAGCUCUCAAUUUACCGGUCGAUCUACGUCCCAACCCUCACCUAUGGUCACGAGCUAUGGGUCGUGACCGAAAGAACGAGAUCCCGGAUACAAGCGGCUGAAAUGAGUUUUCUCCGCAGGGUGUCCGGGCUCUCCCUUAGAGAUAAGGUGAGAAGCUCAGUCAUCCGGGAGGGGCUCAGUCGAGCCGCUUCUCCUCCACAUCGAGAGGAGCCAGAUGAGGUGGCUUGGGCAUCUGAUUCGGAUGCCUCCUGAACGCCUCCCCGGUGAGGUGUUCCGGGCAUGUCCCACCGGGAGGAGACCCCGAGGAAGACCCAGGACACGCUGGAGAGACUAUGUCACCCAGCUGGCCUGGGAACGCCUCGGGAUCCCCCGGGGAGAGCUGGAAGAAGUAGCUAGGGAGAGGGAAGUCUGGGCUUCCCUGCUAAAGCUGUUGCCCCCGCGACCCGGCCCCGGAUAAGCGGUAGAAGAUGGAUGGAUGGAUGGAUGGAUGUGUCUUAUAUGAAAUAUCCCUCUCCAUAGGACAGAAAAAAAUACAAUUGAAACAAUGUGGCA